AAAGAAGAAGAAGCUGAUACCAAGUUGGCUGCUCGAGCAAUGAACUGGAAAAGAUCCGUCUUCUGAGCGUAUAUUUGGGGACACAUGGGAGGAGCUCAGAGCAUCCAGAUACCCGGUGGAGGAACUGAGGGGUACCACGUCCUCAGAGUGCAAGAGAAUUCCCCUGGUUCCGAUGCCGGACUGGAACCUUUCUUCGAUUUCAUUGUUUCGAUUUCUGGCACUCGUCUGAACAAAGAUAAUGACACUCUGAAAGAGGUGUUGAAGAUAAAUGCGGACAGACCUACAAAGAUGCAGCUGUACAACAGCAAGACGCUGUCUGUGAGGCAGACGACUGUUACACCCAGCAGCACGUGGGGCGGCUCGGGGCUCCUGGGUAUCAGCAUUCGCUUUUGCAGCUUUGAAGGCGCAAAUGAAAAUGUUUGGCAUGUCUUGGAAGUAGAGCCAAACUCACCUGCAGCCCUGGCUGGUCUAAGAUCACACACCGACUACAUUAUCGGAGCCGACACCGUCAUGAGUGAGAAUGAGGAUCUUUUCUCCAUCAUCAGCACGUAUGAAGGGAAGGAGCUCAAGUUGUUUGUUUACAGCACAGAAACAGACUGUUGUCGUGAGGUUUUCGUCACACCGAAUUGUGAAUGGGGUGGACAGGGAAGUCUAGGAUGUGGGAUCGGCUAUGGAUACCUGCACAGGAUACCCAUGUUACCUUUUAUAAACCCUGGACAGACUCUUGCUGGUGUUCCUUCACCUAAAGAUGGCAUCACAGAGGUGCAGCUCGCUGCUGUCCUUGCAACUGAGCCAGUCGCUCCUUCAUCUGCACCCGAUGGAUUAGAACAGAGGCUCGCUGGCUUGUCAGUCAACUCUAACCCGACAUCAGUUGUUACCUCUUUUCACACAGGUCUGCCACCCCUUCCUAAUUUGCCAAAUUCAAAUGCUGGAAUGACAGAUGUGGGCCAAGGACUGCCAUAUGGAUACGGGGGAUUUCAACAUUCAGGUGUUCUUUCUCUUGGCCUGACCGGUGCACCCCCUGCUGUUGGUCCGCAUCCACCUGAGCUGGUUCCUCCUCACACCAACAUGAACUCGGCACAGAAUACAUCACAGUCUUCUGUUAUCCAGAUGGACAGCUCAGUGAGCCUAACCCCUGUCCCGGCGGCAGUGACCACCUCUGAAUCAGUGACUAUAGCAGUAUCUGUAGACCUGUCUUAGUUCCCCCCCAACUCAGCAUGGUUGUUCUGCUGGUUAAAGCAUGAGAUAUAGUGGAUGAACCUACUGCUGGUUUCAACAAAACCUGGACAGAUUCAAGUCCAGCUUAAGUUAAUCUGGUUCUUCAGGGCUUUAAACCUGUUCAUUUAAAAAUGAUUGUCAAAAUAAACAGGUUGAACUUUGGAUGUAUCAGUUACCUUAUGGUGGAACGACACAGAGGAUUCAGUCGCUGCUGGAGGAGCAGAUUAAAUGGUUACAGUGUGAUUCACUUGGAAUUGGUAGGACAGAAUCUGCGACGUCUUUCCUCAUAGCUUCAAGGUUUUAAUGUGGUUUUUCCUCAUUCUGAGGGAAACGGGUGCCAUGAGCAGGCUUUGAACACAGGUCUACAUAGUCAGACCCUAUCCACUCAGGUGUAUUCACAUACUGCAGUACUGGGAAGCUGAACACAGAAGAAACCCUACUGUCAUAAAAAGUCCAAUAUAUUUUUCUGUCAAUGUUAGGUAAGUGAUAAAUUUAAUGAGAACAUAUUGGGUUCAAACUUAACCAUAAUCUAUAUUUUAGCAUUCACUGAAAAAUGCAGUUGGACUUAGUGCUACUGUUUUCUCUAACUGGUGGUGGAUUUCUUGAUACCCAACUACUUUGUGCCAUUUCUGGUUUUUGGGAGAUUUAAAAAAAAAAAAAAAAAAAAACUUUAUUAAACUGGGAAUGUGUGUACAUCAGAAAACAAGGUUUGCUUGUUCUAAUGUAUGACUUUGUAAAUGCUUUUUAAGUAAGAUGUCUUUAUAAAAUGUAUUUUCUUGA